AUCGAGAUUACUGGGAACGUCCGACUCCCCGGCAAAAACCUUGGCUUGUUCUGUAACAACCUCCUCGUCUCCCAGAGAGUUACAGUCGACGUGUCAGGGGAUAAAGGAAAGGUAGGGGAUAAUAAGACCGAUAAUGAUGGAGGCAUUGGGGGACCGGGAAUGAAUGGGGGAAAUAUCUGGAUUUUUGUCCAAGACCUGGCAGCAGGCGAUUUGGACAAUGUUGACAUCUAUGCCAAUGGUGGAGACGGUGGGCGUGGAGGGAAUACGAGUGCGAAGGGAAAGAAAGGGGGCAGAGGUGGAAACGCCGGCAAUGGAGGUCUCAUCGAGAUUAUCGUUGGUAGUCAGCCGGCGGAAGCGAUGUCGACCUUCAAUCUGACCGACAAGCAGCCAUGGCCUGAGAAAGUAUCCAGCCUGUUGCAGCUUGACCUAUCAGAGGCACUGUUCAAUUUCCUGAAUGAAGAGCAGCGGAAGACUCUCAACGCCUACGAUUCCCUGGGCUCGGUGUUGUCGAGCCUUGUCGAUACUAUUCAGCGCAUGCCUGCCAAGAGCCAGACAGAAAACGUCAAAGUCCUCACCUCCAAAGUCCUUGAUCAGAUCAAGAAGAACUUGCAGCUUGUGAAAAAGUCUCCGGUCAUGUCCGAAGAGAAUGUGAAGGGUUUGAAGAAAUUGUUAUCACAGAUAGCAAGUCAACAUGAUGUUGCGACAGACCUGGAGGAGAUCUCGAGGAUCAUGGGAGAAUUAUCAGCAAGCAGUGGAUCCCAGCUCGACCUCCUCCUCGACACGCUAUAUCUCACUAUGGAUAGUGCGAUCAUUAAGACGAAACGCAGGAUUACGUGGACAUUGAGAAACAACAAAGCAGGCGCAAGCGGACCGGGAGGAAUCAGUGGACCAGGAAUAGACCCUGGUCCCCGAGGUGAGGAAGGAAAAGUGGGAGAAUCAUGGCAGCAAUUCCUGGAUUUCGAGGGGACCAAGAACGAUCUGAACACCCGCCAAGCGUACAUAUUUCCCGAACAAUGCCAGAUGCUGCUGAACAAGAUCGACAACCAGUUCUUUAGCGCUCAGUGGACAGAGCGCACCGAGCUGAUCAGGCAAUACAACCGUUUAGUCAAGCGCCUACGCAUAGUUGAUACGAUUGAUGAUAAGACCGAUGAGUCUACCGGGUUGUGGAAGGCGGUAGAUAUGCUGGAGAAUACUUAUCAAGUCACAACAAACGCCCAAUCCCAGCUGAAAGCCGUCGCUGUCCAAGCCAGAAGCCGUCGAAACCGAUUACUCUUAGGGCAGGACAUGUUCGGACACAGCCAGUCUUGGGUGCCUCGCUUAUCCUAUGACUUCUACGCCAACUCGAUCGACAAACGACUCGGGGUACUCCGGGAAAUCGAAAACCUUGAAAGGGAAUAUCAACAGGCUGAUCAAAAGUCAGUCGAUCUGCGUGCCGUUCUUGACAAUGGCAUCGAGAAAAUGCAAACGACAGAAACAGAAGCCAGCACGAUUAUUAACCUCCUCACGGGACCAAAUGGUGAAAUUUACAAAAAGGGCGUCAGGAUCGGUCUACUGACGGUGGAACUCAAGGAGAAACGAGAUAAAGUGCGGACUGAAGUGGCCCACGUGAAAUUUGACCACGUUUACGAUCCAGUGUUUCUCAUCGAUGGAUUCUCAUCGUUGACCUCGUUGAAGCCAGACCUUGAUAGCUUGGGAAAGCUAUGGAAAUUGGCAACUGACAUCCACAAAUUCAUUGAACAUGACACCAUUAACGACGGCCAGGGGAAAGAAUUCAAGGAGGAAUUUGUGAUCCGCCAGCUUGCUGAAUGUACCGGUAGCUUGGAAUCCCUGGAAGCCGCAUUGAAAACAAACAAUGACAAUACAAUCUCAAUAAGCGAUCCGAAGGCGCUGAAAGUGAUGGCGAAGAUAAGCGACAUUGAGAAACUGAUGAAGGACUUCAGCGAAUGUAUUCCGGAAGAUCAGCGCAAGAACGUGAACAAGGCCUUGAAGGAGUACAAAAACAUCAUUCUGAAACGAAACGAUGCCGUUGUGGGGUACAAUUCAUCAAUCCAGCUGCUCGUGGAAGCACGAUGCGCCAGGAAGCACGCCCAAGAGCAGGCUUCCAGUCUGCGCGGAAAGCGAUUGAAGCUGGACCCCACCAUUCCAGCGGUAUCUUUUUGGCUGCGGGGAACGAAAGACAAACUUGCGCUUCAGCUGAUGCAGCGACUCUACUAUGCCAGUCGAGCCGUCAUGUACUGGGGUCUGGACACGUCUUACAACUUCGACCAGCCGGGGCCCCUGCGAUCCUCAACGGAGCUGCGCUCCCAUUGGACGCAACUCGAUAAUGCAUUUGAAGCCAUUCUCCACCGAUAUGCAGGUAACGUCCGUUCGAUCUGGCCACAUACGGAAGCAAAGCAGGGCCUCUUCUAUGGCCUUACGAGUGCGCAACUAGAGACGUUGAAGACGGGUCAAUGUGAGGAAGAAGGAGAGGGAAAAGUGUACAAAGUUUCCAUAACUUUGCAACCGAAAGCCAUGCCAUUUGGCAGGCCUCGAGCAGAUGUUCGCCUGAGCGAAGUUCGACUGUGGUUGGUGGGGGCCAAGGUGUGUCCUGACACCCACGGCCGCCAGCGUGUUACAGUUCACAUCCGACACAUGGGGGAUGACCUCUUUGAGGAUGAGUCCAAUAAGCGGUUUCACUUUUCUCAUGAUUCGAUGACCAUACCUUUCGAGUUCGAUGCGGCUAAAGUAAAGAACAAGUGUGAUUUUACCGCGGAUGCCAAACUUAACGCCGCCAAUGCCUGGCAGGAUCAGUGGACUGGCAACCAAUCGCGCAAGGAUAUUGGUAUAAAUUGUGUUGCUGCGGUUGGUCCAUUUACAACCUGGUGCUUGGAAGUGCGAGAAUCUGAAAAUCCUGGCUUGGAUAUGGGGCUUGUGGAAUCUGCCUAUAUGGAAUUCUGUGGCGCUAACAGGUCUUUCAUACGGCGGCCUAAAUCUGGCUAA